AUGUUAGAAAGAAAGACAUUUAUUUUGCUGCUGCUUACUUAUGAAUACAUAUUAUUGAUAUCUCCUGCUGCAUCAAACCAGACUCAAACUAUAGGAUUGAUAGAAACAGAAAGUAAACAUUGCCAGUAUCAUCGCUCAUACAGUUUUGUGAAUGGAACAAUUCAUGUUUCCUUAAUACCCUGGAACUGCGAGUCCAAGCAGCAAGUGAUCCCACUGACUAAUAAAACUAACAAAUUACUAUCAAAAACUCUUAGUAAACCAUUCAAUAUAAAACCACACAAGACAAACUUGAAACAUAUCUUACCACCUCUAUUACCUUUUCAAAAACAAAGAAAAUUGAAACCUAAAAAUUUGGGUGUAAAUUUACCACCUUCAUUACCAUAUCAAAAAAAAAGAAAUGUGAAACCUCAAGCUUUGGGGGGAAAUUUACCACCUCUAGUGUCAUCUCAAAAUCCAAGAAAUUUGGAUCCUAAAUCUUUUGGGGGAAAUUUACCACCUCCAUUACCGUCUCAAAAACAAAAAAACUUGAAGACUAAAAAUUUGGGGGCAAAUUUACCACCUUUAUUACCAUCUCAAAAUCAAAGGAACUUGAAACCUAAAGAUUUGGAGGGAAAUUUACCGCAUCCAUUACCGUCUCAAAAACAAAUUUACUUGAAACCUAAAAAUUUAGAGGGAAAUUUAUCACCUCCAUUACCAAUUCAAAAUCAAAAAAACUUGAAACCUAAGAAUUUAGGAGGAAAUUUAAAACCUCUAUUACCAAUUCAAAAACAAGGAAAAUUGAAACCUAAAAAUUUAGGAGGAAAUUUAAAACCUCUUUUACCAUCUCAAAAACAAAGAAACUUGAAAACCAAAAAUUUUGGGGGAAAUUUACCACCUGUAUUACCUUUUCAAAAACAGAGAAAAUUGAAACCUAAAAAUUUUGGUGUAAAUUUACCACCUUUAUUACCAUCUCAAAAUAAAAGUUACUUGAAACCUAAAGAUUUGGGGGCACAUUUCCCACAUCCAUUACUGUCUCAAAAACAAAUAAAAUUGAAACAUAAAAAUUUGGAGGGAAAUUUACCACCCCUUUACAUGAAACCUAAAAAUUUAGAGGGAAAUCUACCACCUUCAUUACAAAUUCAAAAUAAAAAAAAAUUGAAACCUAAAAAUUUAGGAGGAAAUUUAAAACCUCUAUUACCAAUUCAAAAAAAAGGAAACUUGAAAACCAAGAAUUUAGGGGGAAAUUUACCACCUCUAUUACCAUCUCAAAAACAAAGAAACUUGAAAACCAAAAAUUUACCACCCCUUUUACAAAGUAAAAACCAAAAGAAUACUAUGUUGAACCCUGAUGGGAAUGUUAAAUUACAAUUAAAGAAUCUUCAAACCUUGAAAAACAAAAUAAUCAAAGACUUGGAAUGGAUACCUGAUGUACCAAAAGCGAAAUGGCCUUCAAAAAUUAUCAUAACUUCAAAAGAAGACAUUAAUAACAAAAAGGAACAAGGAAGAAUACCAUCAACAUCAAUGCCAUAUUCUACCAUAAAACCAAAUCGUAACAAUACAACUAGACAAAUCAAAGUUCCUGAUGUACCAAAAAAGAAAUUGUCACCAAAAAUUAUUACAUCCAAAGAAAAAGUUCAUAACAAAAAGGAACGAGGAAGAAUACCAUCAAAAUUAGUGCCAUAUCCUACCAUAAAACCAAAUCGUAACAAUACAACUAGACAAAUCAAAGUUCCAGACGUACCAAAAAAGAAAUUGUCACCAAAAAUUAUUACUUCCAAAGAAAAAGGUCAUAACAAAAAGGAACGAGGAAGAAUACCAUCAAAAUCAAUGCUGUAUCCUACCAUAAAACCAAACAAUAACACUACAUCAACCAAUGCUUCUAUUUCUUAUAUUGUUAAUGAACAAAUCAAAGUUCCUGACGUACCAAAAAAGAAAUUGCCGACAAAAAUUAUUACUUCCAAAGAAAAUGUUCAUAACAAAAAGGAACGAGGAAGAAUACCAUCAAAAUUAGUGCCAUAUUCUACCAUAAAACCAAACAAUAACACUACAUCAACCAAUGCUUCUAUUUCUUAUAUUGUUAAUGAACAAAUCAAAGUUCCAGACGUACCAAAAAAGAAAUUGCCGACAAAAAUUAUUACUUCCAAAGAAAAUGUUCAUAACAAAAAGGAACGAGGAAGAAUACCAUCAAAAUUAGUGCCAUAUUCUACCAUAAAACCAAACAAUAACACUACAUUUACCAAUUCUUCUGUGACUUAUAUUGUUAAACAAACCAAAGUUCCUGAUGUACCAAAAAAGAAAUGGCCUCCAAAAAUUAUCAUAAAUUCAAAAGAAAUGGUUGAUGACAAAAAGGAACGUGGAAUAAUAAAAUCAAAAUUAGUGCCAUAUCCUACCAUAAAACCAGAUCAUAACACUACCACUACCAAUACUUCUGUGUCUCAAAUUGUUCAUAAUCGAAUCAAAAGAGAAGGCCAUCGUGUGAAAAGAUUUUUUGACUUUAAACAAGUUAAAAAAGUUACAAACUUUUUGAAGCUGACUAAAACAGAUUAUAAAAAGCUGUUUAAGAAAUAUUAUGAGUGUUUAGAAAAGAGAGAGAGUGAGGUAAGAUCAGGUAGUAAUGAAGCUAUUACACCAAAAAUGAUAUUAGCAGGACAACCUCUACACAUACCUUGUGGUAUAUGUAAAAGACCAGAUCAGAAUGCUGAAAGUUUGGGUGUAAAGUGGCUAGUAAUUAGAAGUGGUGAUGGUAGAAUGAAACGUAUUAGAUUUAAUGGUAAUGGUAAAACAAAAAAGAAGAGAAUUAAAUUUAACAAGGAUUAUUCACUGCAUAUUGAUAAAGCCAGAUUUCGUGACGCAGGACAAUAUUUCUGUAUGGUACAAGAUGAUUUUAUUUCAGUUACUCAGAUAGAUAUUUUAGUUAAUGAAAGAAAAAGAAUUUUGUAUGAAAGUAAUGAAAAAGAUGUUCCCCUUCCAACAUAUUAUAUGGAAAAUGAGAAUAUACAAAUAGCAACAGUAUGGGCAGAAUGGAGCAGCUGUGAUAAAUGUGGUGAUCAAGGUUCACAAAGGAAAAGAGGCACGUGUAUGGUGCAGAAAAUUUACCCAGAUCGACCAGUUAAACCAAAAAGCUUCCAAAUGAUAAAUAAAUAUCCACAAGGAAUACCCUGUCAUUCUUCAGCACUGCCUGGUUUUUUGAAGAAGAAACCAGAGAUAAAAGGGAGAGCCUGUGAGAUAUAUGUAAGAGAAUGCUAUGAAGCCUGUCCCUCUUCUCCAGGUCCUAUUACUAUUACUGAUAAAGCAGGAAAUGUUGUAGAAUUCAUUGAACCAGGCUAUUAUUCCUUAAAACAUCCACCAACAAUUCCACCCAUGACCCAACACAGAGUUAUUUAUGAAGAAUUGGGAAAACAUCUUGUUUUGAAGUGUCCAAGACUUUCUAUAUUCGCUAACUUCUGUGGUACAAGAAAAGUGGCUAUUGCAGUCAAGGUAUAA